AUGAAGGCCGGAGUGCCACAGUGUAAGAACAACGUGUUCUUCGAAGUUUUCAUUCCUCAGACAAGUCAAGACUGGAAUAUCCUUCCGGCCUCCGUUGGCAGCAUCACUGGUCAUGACGCGUUCAAGUCUGCUGCCUGUGAUUUUGUGCUGCUUUACGUGGCGCGGCCUCUCUCGGAAGAAGACCGGCAGUCUCCAGCUGGUGACUGGUCGCCGGUCGGGCCGUCAUCGUCGUCGCGACCUGCUAGCGCGGCGCCCACGAGCGGUAGCCGGUCGGCCCCUUCGCCGCAGUCGGUACCAUCGCCGCAGUCGGUCCCUUCACCGCAGUCGGCGGCGAGUAGUCGUGGAAGCUCGACGCCACAGGAUCAACCGAGCGUGGCAGCGAUGAGGCCGCCGAGCCCGAGCAGCCCGCCUGCGGCCCGCGCAUGCGUCGAUGGCAUUCCGGUUUCGUUCGCCGUCCCGCCCUGGUUGGCAGGGGGCGCCAGUGAUGGCGUGAGCGUCUCAGUACGCGAGAGCCGAGUGCUGCUGGGUGACGCGUCGAGAAUGAGCAGGACGGCGUCCAGCGUGGACGACUCGUUCAUGCGUGAGCUGAAGGACCGGCUGCGCCUGAAGGGCAUACUCCGGCUGCGACAGAUGCGCCGCCAACGGGCCGAGGCUAAGGCCGGCGCUUCUGCGACAGAUGGCGCCACCAGCACCGUGCCGCCGUCCAACCCGACGCCCGUCACGCAGACCCCCCACUCUGUCGCAUCGUCGGCAGCUCGAACGCCUGAAGCAGACCUGCAAGAAGUGAGCGAGCCGGCUAGAGCGAGCACGGUGCUGCAGCAUCGCAAGGACGUGACCCCACGGUCGUCAGAGCGUGCGCGCCAUCUGUCGAUGCUGUCGCAGACAUCGCGUCGUGAAGCCCCGCUCGAACCGGUGGCCGAGGAAGGGUCGGUGCACGAAGACGGCGGCGCCGUACCCGCAAGUGCAGACAGGCGCACAUUGCUGGCCCCUGCAGCAUCGAGCAGUACAAGCUCGCUGUGCUGCCCGGAGGACUACGAGGAGUCGGUCCGCCACACCGUGGCGCUGGGCUGGGACAUGCCGGCCACGGUCGUGGCCACGCCGACCGAAUCGGUGUGCUCGGACACGCAUUUGAGCUUGCACAUUCCGACUUCGAGCGACGAUUCGCCUCACGUCGGCAGCCCACCGGAUGCGCCGCCCACAUUUCUGGCUGUCGGCGGCAACUCAAGGGCUCGCGAGGUAAACGUCGACGAGGACAGCGCCAUCAGCCUGCAGGCGACGGGGGUCUCGGAGGAGCAGGACACCCGGACACUCUCGGAGGCCACGGUGCUCACAGCAUGCUCAGGGGAUGCAUGGACUCCACAGUGCGUGCAGGCACGGCCAUCAUCGGCCAGCGAUUCAAGCGACUUCGUCACUCCGUCGCCGAUGCACUCGAGCGCCAGGAGCACUGCUACCGAAAUCCAGAUGUGCCGCCGGUCAUCGGCGGUGCAGACCGAGGCAUGCAGCAGCGUCAGCCGGGCCACCACUGCCAAGUUGGAGAGCUCGUUCUGCGAAGCGAACGACAGACACUCCCAGAUGAUGCGGGUAAAGCUUAUCCCGUGGAUUACGUGCCUUGCUUUCAAAGAGAAAGAUUUAGUGCUGCUGGCCGGCAAUGCCCACUACCUGCGCGAGCGGUCGGCCUCGUUCGGCCGCACCUCGACGCUGGACGAGACGCUGUACAUCUGCCAGCAGAUCGGGCAGGAGCCACCGGCGCCCCAGAGGCCGGCCACCGCAGCCUCGGAGGUGUUCGUCACGCGCAGCACCACGGCGCUCGGAUCGUCGUGCGAGGACCGUGAGCCGUUGCGCCUGCGCCACCUGGUGGGGCUGCAGCACCCGCAGGCCUACCUGAUGGCGAGCAGGAGGAGGAGGAGAGGGACGCCCACCGGGAGCCACGCGCCCAGCGGCGACGAAGGCGUGUGCCGCAGCUCGCCCCAGCUGCGACCAAUGCCGCGGCCUCGGCGCCUCCUGGCGGCGAACGCGGAGCCCAGCGCCCGCGCAUCGGACCCCGGGGUGGUGAGUGAAUCGCCGCCGCGCCCGAAGCCUCGGACCAGGCUGCCGCUCAGGGUUCCCAUCAGCCUCAGCUCGACCAGCGAGCGCCGCUCGGACUCCAGCGUGGUCUUCAUGCCGGACUUCACGGAACUCGACUGGUCGACCUCGCCAUCGGCGCCCCGUUGAAACAAUGUUACCGCGCGCUAACCUUUCAAUAGAACGCCGUCUGCUUCUACUAUCGAAGGUCCGAAAUGGCUGGCCUUCCCUUUCAAGCAUCACAGACGGCGUCCCAAUAUUUCAUGCACGACUGUGGGCGCCAGCCAACUUUAAUUUUUGUCCUUCUCUCGAGACGAAUCUGCUCGUUUCAGUGAAAAAAGCAGAUGGCAGUUCCAAUAUACCCUUUGUAUUCCGAAAGUUUCUUUUCCUCUGGUCUUGUCGUUCAAUUUCUUUGACGUGCAUUGAAACUUCGACCGCAGUGUGAAAUGCUCAGGCUUGUGUCAUGGCGUCAGCGCGCUUCGGUUUGGCCUGCGUUGUAGAUUGGCUCCUGCGCUUCCUCCAUUGCGGUCGUGCAUAGCUGACGAAGAUUGGGCGCAGCCUUUCACAUACAACGUUGUGAAUGCGCGAAACACCUUCAAGUAUUCUCUCCUUCGAAAGUAAAAGUAAUACGUCC